AUGAAGUCGUUCCAGGUGUUGAGUUUGUUUGCGAUCUGCUGUCUCUGGAUGGCUCCUUCAGUGCAAGCUUGCAAGAAAUGUUCAGUUGAUUGCACCCUGCCCGAGUGCAUGCCCUACGAUAUCUCCCAGCAGAGCGUCUGCACCGAAGUGACCCAUGAACUUCCAGUGCCCAGCCAGUGUCAGUGGGGAGCCAACGGCUUGUACAGGCACACCGAUUUUCAACUGCUCAAAGGACGCAUCAUCGCGUACAAGCUUCAGUGGUUCAAUCAAAAGUGGUCCAGUUGGUUCGUGCCCGAGUACAAUGACCUGGACUGCAAGCGCAACAUGUUGGGUCAGUCGUGUGCUGGUAAGCCUGUCUGCCCUGACUCACUGAGGAAGAUGUGGGCUUAUUUCUGCGACCAUAACCACACCUACAUCAUCUGCAAGUAG